AUGUCAAACGAUAUUCCAAUUGAUUUCACAGAAUUAGCUCAACUUACACAAGUUGGUAUUCAACCAGGAUCUCUUGAUUUUAAAUCCACAACUUUAGAAUCAGAUAAAUAUAUUUGUGUAAGAGAAUCAGGAGCCAAUGGGAAUACCGUAGCUAUUAUUGAUUUAUCUAAUAAUAAUGAAGUUACUAGAAAGAAUAUGACAGCCGAUAAUGCAAUUAUGCAUCCUGAACAAUUCGUUAUCAGUUUAAGAGCUAAUGGUACAACCUUACAAAUCUUUAAUCUUGGAUCAAAACAAAGAUUGAAAUCAUUUACUAUGGAUGAACCGGUAGUAUUUUGGAAAUGGCUCAAUAAUGAAUAUUUAGGUUUAAUUACUGGAUCAUCAAUUUAUUAUUGGAAUAUAUUUGAUGGUACUAAUAAUGGACCAAUUAAAUUGACUGAAAGACAUCAAUCAUUAAAUAAUUGUCAAAUUAUAAAUUUUGUAGCUGAACCGGAAUUAAAUUGGUUUGCAAUUAAUGGAAUUGCUCAAGAAGAUGGAAGAAUUGCUGGACAUAUUCAAUUAUAUUCAAAAUCAAGAAAUGUUUCUCAAGCAAUUGAAGGUCAUGUUUCAAAAUUUGCAUCAGUUAAAUUAUCAGGAUCAAUUCAACCAACUAAAGUAUUUUGUGUUGGUAAUAAGAAUGGUCAAGGUCAAGGUAAUUUACAUAUAAUUGAAAUUGAUCAUAUUGAAGGUAAUCCACCAUUCCCAAAGAAAACUGUUGAUAUUUUCUUUCCACCAGAUGCUGCUAAUGAUUUCCCAAUAAGUUUACAAGCAAGUAAUCAAUAUGGAAUAGUUUAUAUUUUAACUAAAUAUGGAUUUAUUCAUUUAUUUGAUAUGGAAACUGGUUCAAAUUUAUUUGUUAAUAGAAUUACUGCCGAUCCAGUAUUUACUGCUAGUAGUUUCAAAGAUGGUACUGGAUUAAUUACUAUUAAUAAAUCUGGUCAAGUUUUAUGUGUUGAAGUUUCAAAAGAUAGAAUUGUUCCUUAUGUUUUAGAUAAAUUAUCAAAUGUUUCAUUAGCUUUAUCAUUAUCUUCAAGAGGUGGAUUCCCAGGAGCUGAAAAUUUAUUUAAUCAACAAUUUCAAAAUUAUCUUAAUCAAGGGGAUUAUACUAAUGCUGCUAAAGUAGCUGCUUCAUCUGAACAAUUAAGAACUCCUGAUACUAUUAAUAAAUUAAAACAUAUUACUCCAGCACCUGGUCAAAUAUCUCCAAUUUUACAAUAUUUUUCAACUUUAUUAGAUAGAGGAACUUUAAAUAAAUAUGAAUCAGUUGAAUUAGCUAAACCAGUUUUACAACAAGAUAGAAAACCAUUAUUUGAAAAAUGGUUAAAAGAAGAUAAAUUAACUUCUUCCGAAGAAUUAGGAGAUAUUGUUAAAUCUUAUAAUGAUACUACAUUAGCCUUAGCUGUUUAUAUUAGAGCUAAUGUUCAUAUUAAAGUAGUUUCAUCAUUAGCUGAAUUAGGACAAAUUGAUAAAAUUAUUCCAUAUUGUGAAAAAGUUGGAUAUUCUCCCGAUUUUACUAAUUUAAUUCAAAAUUUAGUUAGAAUUAAUCCUGAUAAAGCUUCAGAAUUUGCUGUUAGUUUAUUACAAAGUCCAGAAACUUCAUCAAAUAUUAAUACUGAAAAUAUUGCUGAUUUAUUCUUUUCUCAAAAUUAUAUUCAACAAGGUACUGCUUUCUUAUUAGAUGCUUUAAAAAAUGAUUCUCCAGCUGAAGGUCAUUUACAAACUAAAGUUUUGGAAAUUAAUUUAUUACAUGCCCCUCAAGUUGCUGAUGCUAUUUUAGGUAAUAAUAUGUUUAGUCAUUAUGAUAAACCAAGUAUUGGGAAAUUAUGUGAAAAAUCAGGAUUAUUCCAAAGAGCUUUAGAACAUUAUGAUGAUAUUAAAGAUAUUAAAAGAGUUAUUAUUCAUACUAAUGUUUUACCAAAUGAUUGGUUAGUUAAUUAUUUCGGUCAAUUAAAUGUUGAACAAUCAAUUGCUUGUAUUAAAGAAUUAUUAACUAAUAAUAUGCAACAAAAUUUACAAGUUAUUAUUCAAGUAGCUACUAAAUAUUCUGAUUUAAUUGGUCCUUUAACUUUAAUUAAACUUUUUGAAGAUUAUAAAUGUAUUGAAGGUGAAUAUUAUUAUUUAUCAUCAAUUGUUAAUUUAACUCAAGAACCUGAUGUUGUUUUCAAAUAUAUUCAAUGUGCAGCUAAAAUGAAUCAAACUAAAGAAAUUGAAAGAGUUGUUAGAGAUAACAAUGUUUAUAAUGGUGAAAAAGUUAAGAAUUUCUUAAAAGAAUUCAAAUUAGAAGAUCAAUUACCUUUAAUUAUUGUUUGUGAUAGAUUUGGGUUCAUUCAUGAUUUGAUUUUAUACUUAUACAAAAAUCAAUAUUUCAAAUUUAUUGAAGUGUAUGUUCAACAAGUUAAUUCAUCAAAUACUCCACAAGUUAUUGCUGGAUUAUUAGAUGUUGAUUGUGAUGAAAAUAUCAUUAAAAAUUUAUUAAACUCAGUUAUUGGUAGAGUUCCAAUUAAAGAAUUAGUUAAUGAAGUUGAAAAGAGAAAUAGAUUGAAAAUUUUAUUACCUUUCUUAGAACAAACUUUACAAGGAGGUUCAACUGAUCAAGAAGUUUUCAAUACUUUAGCUAAAAUUUAUAUUGAUUCCAAUAAUUCUCCAGAAAAAUUCUUACAAGAAAACAAUCAAUAUGAUACUUUAGUUGUGGGUAAAUAUUGUGAAAAGAGAGAUCCUUAUUUAGCUUAUAUUUGUUAUUCUAAAGGUAAUAAUGAUAAUGAAUUAAUCAAUAUUACUAAUGAAAAUAAAAUGUAUAAAUAUCAAGCCAGAUAUUUAUUAGCUAAAUCAGAUUUUGAUUUAUGGAAUCAAGUUUUAAGUGAUGAUAAUAUUCAUAGAAGACAAUUAAUUGAUCAAGUGAUUUCAACAGGAAUUCCUGAAUUAGAUGAUCCAGAACCAAUUUCUAUAACUGUUAAAGCUUUUAUGGAAAAUGAUUUACCUCAAGAAUUGAUUGAAUUAUUAGAAAAAAUUAUCUUAGAACCUUCACCUUUCAAUGAUAAUACUUCAUUACAAGGAUUAUUAAUUUUAACUGCUAUUAAAGCUGAUUCUUCAAGAGUUAUGAAUUAUAUUGAAAAAUUAGAUAAAUUUGAUCCUCAAGAAAUUGCUCCUUUAUGUAUUGAAGCCCAAUUAUUUGAAGAAGCUUUUGAAAUUUAUGAUAGAUUUGAAUUAAGAACUGAUGCUAUGAAAGUUAUUGUUGAAGAUAUUAUGUCUUUAGAUAGAGGUGAACAAUAUGCUGAAAAGUAUAAUACUUCAGAAUUAUGGUAUCAAUUAGGUAAUGCUCAAUUAAAUGGUUUAAGAAUUCCUGAAGCUAUUGAUUCUUAUGUUAAAUCUAAGAAUCCUGAAAAUUUCGAACAAGUUAUUGAUAUUGCUGAACAUGCUGGUAAAGAAGAAGAAUUGGUUAAAUUCUUAGAUAUGGCCAGAGAAACUUUAAGAGAACCAAAAAUUGAUGGUUCAUUAAUUAAUUGUUAUGCUUCAUUAGGUAAACUCAAUGAAAUUGAAAAUUUCGUUUCCGGUCCAAAUGUUGCUGAUUUAGAAGAAAUUGGUGAUAAAUUAUUUGAAGCUAAAAAUUAUAAAGGUGCUAAAGUUUUAUAUUCUAAUGUUUCAAAAUACAGUAAAUUGGCUACUACUUUAGUUUAUUUACAAGAUUAUCAAGGAGCUGUUGAAUGUGCUAGAAAAGCUUCUAAUAUUAAUGUUUGGAAACAAGUUAAUUCUGCUUGUAUUGAAAAUAAAGAAUUCAGAUUAGCUCAAAUUUGUGGUUUGAAUUUAAUUAUUGAUGCUGAAGAAUUACCUGAAUUAGUCAGAACUUAUGAAUUCAAUGGUUAUUUCAAUGAAUUAUUAUCAUUAUUUGAAAGUGGUUUAAGUUUAGAAAGAGCUCAUAUGGGUAUGUUUACUGAAUUAGCUGUAUUAUACUGUAAAUAUAGUCCAGAAAAAGUUAUGGAACAUUUGAAAUUAUUCUGGUCAAGAAUUAAUAUUCCAAAAGUUUUAACUGCUUGUGAAGAAGCUCAUCUUUAUCCUGAAUUAAUCUUCCUUUAUUGCCAUUAUGAAGAAUGGGAUAAUGCUGCUUUAACUAUGAUUGAUAAAUCUGAAAUUGCUUUUGAUCAUUUAUCUUUCAAAGAAAUUAUUGUCAAAGCUCCAAAUUUGGAAAUCUAUUAUAAAGCUAUUAAUUUUUACUUAAAUGAAAACCCUUCAUUAUUAGUUGAUUUAUUAUCAGUAUUAACUCCAAAAUUAGAUUUACCAAGAGUUGUUAGAAUGUUUGUUAAAUCUGAUAAUUUACCUUUAAUUAAACCUUUCUUAAUUUCAGUAUUAGAAAAGAAUAACUCCGUGGUUAAUUCAGCUUACCACGAUUUAUUAAUUGAAGAAGAAGAUUAUAAAUCUUUGAAAGAAGCUAUUGAAAAUGAAUCUUAUAAUAGAUUUAAUUCAUUAGAUUUAGCUGAAAGAUUAGAAAAUCAUAAAUUAAUCUUUUUCAGACAAAUUUCUGCUACUUUAUACACUAAGAAUAAGAAAUUUGUUAAAUCCAUUUCAAUCUUGAAAAAUGAUAAGUUAUGGUCAGAUUUAUUGAAGACUGCUGCUAUUUCAAAAUCAACUAAAAUAGCUCAUGAAUUAUUAGAUUAUUUCGUUGAAACUGGUAAUCAUGAAUGUUUUGUUGCUUUAUUAUACACUUGUUAUGAUACUAUUGAAUAUGAUUACGUUAUGGAAGUUUCUUGGUUACAUAAUUUAUCCAAUUUUGUUAAACCUUAUGAAAUUUCCAUUGCUGCUGAAAAUCAAAAACUCUUGAAUGAAGUUUAUGAUGAUUAUAAAAAGAGAAAAGAUGCUGAAAAGACUGAUGAAGAUGCUCCUUUAGCUAACACUCCUUUGAUGAUUACUAAUGGUUCAGCCGGUAUGGCUCCAAAUAUGACUGGCAUUGGUUAUCAACCAACUGGUACUGGAUUUGGUAAUGCCUUUUAA